UGGAAUACAUAACAAAGGAAAUGACAAUAUAGUGAUGUUUCUGGGAAGUUGAUAGAUUGCAGAAUAUUGAUGUUGUGCUAAAUUCGAUGACUUGUACAGAUGGGUUGAGAGGAUUAUAGACAUAGGACGGAUUAACAAUUAAGAAAUCACUGUGACUGUUUAUAAUAGGAAUAUAAUUGUGUUUGAUUUCAUUAUUGUCUAUAAACCAUAAAGAUUGGCAUUUUGGCAAAGGACGUGCUAAUGUGAUCGAGUUAUCAAAUGAACCAAUUCAAUUAUUUUGACUAAUACACUAGACACUUUCUCUUGAAAGAUUGGAAGUGGAAAAUUGGACUCAAGACAAAUGGAAUUUGGAUUGAAUUGGGUAUAGAAAUACAAUUACAUAACAAACCAGUUGUCCGAGACUUGAAACAUCCAAGAUGGACAUACUGGACAUUUUGCUCAAAUAUCUGUUCGUUUUGGUGUCAUAUUGUUUUAUGUUUGUCACAAUGGACAAAAGAGAUCCGAUGAACAUAGGUGUUAUUCUUGGUAACACUGAGCGUCAAAACGUCCUAAGGUUUGCCUGGGUGACCUAUAGAGAGAAAUACAGCACCCCGAAUGCCAUGAAACUCGAUAUUGAUGACAUUGACAUCAGCAACAGUCAUCUUCUCAUCAGCAAACUAUGCAAACAUGUGGCCAAAGGCUCCAUUAUGAUGGUGGCGGAUUACAAUCCUCUGACAUACGGGAGCGUUCAGUCUUAUGCUCACUACCUUAAUGUGCCAACUUUGGUUCCCGGCGGCACGGGAAGCGGUGUCCAUGGCAACUACAGAUAUGACGUCAGAUUACUUCCGCCCACUAUAGACGCUAUAAGUGACGUCAUCAAAUAUUUUCAAUGGAAUAGUAUCGUGUAUUAUUUAUUUGACACGAAUGAUGGCCUACUCAGGUUGCAGCAGUUAUUUGACAGUUUCGAGUCAGGAGAUUUUUACACUCCCGUGAUCCGCCCACGUCGUAUCGCCAAUAUAUCAGACUGCUACGAUGUUCUCAGACGUAUCGAUAGAGGGAAACCUCCUUUGAGAAUUGUGCUCGACCUGUCCGGAAGAGAGGCAUAUGAACAAGUACUACAUCAAAUAGUCGAUGUCGGAAUGAAUCGAGAUGGGUACCACUAUGUUCUAGGCGGUCUCGGAAUAGACGAGCUUGACCUUGGCACGUUUGUCUACGGAGGUGUGAACAUUACUGGCUUUAGCAUUGUCGAUAAAUUCUCGACAGAAAACGCUGAACUUAUUAGUAAAGCACAGGAAUUCACUUUACACCCGGUCGGAAAAAUAACGGUUGAGAAAGCGCUGGUGAUCGACACUAUCCAUGUUCUGGUGCUUGCAGCACAGAGUCUUACCGAGGACGCUACUAUAAGUAUAAAUCGGGGUAGAUACCAAAGGGUUGGAAGUAAGCUGGGGAGCACAGACUGCAGUGGAGAAACAUUACAACAGACAUUUGAUGGUGAAAUGGUGCUCCGAAAAUUGAAAAAUGUUAAAACGUACGGUUUGACGGGAAAUAUCGAAUUCAAUGAAUAUGGGGCCCGUCAGAAUUACCUGUUCAAAGUUUAUCAACUGGAGUUGAAAAAACCGCUGCGACAGGUUGGUUUCUGGACACCGAACAGAGGAUUGAACACCACCCUUCCUAAACCGCCUGAACGACCUAACAUUUCCCUCAACAGGACUCUCCGCGUGAUCACUAUACUGGAAGAGCCUUUUGUGCAGUACAAAAAGAACAAUGAUGGUAACGGCGCGCCAAGGGUCGACGGAAAAUAUCUUGAGGGUUAUUGUAUAGACCUGGCCAAAAUGCUUCAAGAGAAGUGCGACACCCCUUACGACUAUUACAUUGAUUUGGUCGGGGACUCAUCGUACGGAACAUGGUAUAAGGACGAGGGAUGCUGGGAUGGAAUGAUUGGAGAACUCCUGGACACGAGGAAAUGCCCUAAAGGGGGGGAAAGGAAGAAGGCAGACAUGGCGAUUGCACCACUAACAAUUAACGAAGAAAGACAAAGAGUCGUAGAUUUCACGAAGCCGUUCAUGAAAACGGGCAUUAGCAUAAUGAUUAAGAAACCCGAUAAAGAGAAGCCAGGAAUAUUCUCCUUCAUGUACCCGCUCUCCAACCUCGUCUGGGCAUGCGUCAUGCUGGCCUUCGUUGGCGUUAGUCUCGUGUUGUUCUUUGUCGGUCGGUGGAGCCCAUUGGAGUGGGCGGAACAGGAUCCGAAAGGGGGAACGCCCAUCAAUAACUUUAACCUUUUAAACACUCUGUGGUUUACUCUUGGUGCGCUAAUGCAGCAGGGUUCUGAUACAUUUCCAAGGUCCUACUCCGGACGGAUUGUUGGGAGCGCCUGGUGGUUUUUCACAUUGAUACUCAUCUCUUCUUACACCGCGAACCUCGCCGCGUUCCUCACCAUCGAGAGGCUUACUCCGCCUAUCAACAGCGCCGAUGAACUUGUUCGUCAUCCAAAAAUCAAAUACGGCACUCUUAGUAGAGGCUCUAGCCGUGCGUUUUUUAAGGAAUCAAAAGUGGACACAUACAAGAAAAUGUGGAAUCAUAUGAGCGCCCACGAAGAGCGUGUCAUGGUUAACUCUACCCUUUCGGGCGUGACCAAAGUAAGAAACAGCAAGGGAGAAUACGCCUUUCUGAUGGAAGAAGCGUAUAAUAAAUUCCACAAUCAGCGAAGACCCUGCAAUACCAUGAGGGUCGGAAAUAACCUCGACAACAAGGGUUACGGUAUUGCAACACCCAUCGGAUUUUAUCUUAAAAACCAGAUAAACGUUGCUGUUUUAAAAUUGAGGGAAGUUGGUGAACUAAUGAAACUAGAGCAGAAAUGGUGGUACUCUAAAGGAGAAUGCGGUGUGGACACAAAGGAUGCCAAAACUAGCGCUUUGACAUUGAGUAAUGUAUCUGGGGUAUUUCAUAUUUUGAUCGGAGGUCUUUUGCUUGCGAUGGUAAUGGCCCUUUGUGAAUAUCUUCUACACCAACGCCUUAGGAAUUUGAAGAAGAAAUCACGUGAAAACAAGCUAUUAAAAGCUCAGAAAAAUCACCAAGCUGUCCGCAUCGUAAAGAAAGAACCUCUUGAAGCUCUAAAAGAUGCGGGGUACGCCGAGAGAGAAAGCCCCAUGUUCACUUACCCAUCGCCUGGUUCCACCACGGCAGCGUCUGCGCAUCUUGUCACAUUUGAUAACACAAAAUACAGCUUCACCUCAAGUCCAGACCAUUGACAUACGGACUAUGCAGGCCAUUCACUUAACAUUAAACGAGAGGUGAUAGAUAUUGUCUGGCAGUGACCUGACAAUGUGGCUGUUUACUGAGGAUUAAUGAAACAACAUAUGGAGUGUUCAUUAAAGGAAACCUUUGCAAAAGUUCUAGUGAAAAGUGACAUACUGCAGCAAACUUAGCAUGUUCUUAAGAUCAAACUACGUGACGAAAACUUCUGUACUUUAUCAUACGAGUUGUUGUGAUACGGACAACACGAUGGCAAUCCUAAACGGUAAAAAUAGUUUGGUUUAAAAACGUUUAGUGCUACACGAGAUAGGAGAGGCAAGAAUAUUAGCAAGUAGAAUAACCAAAUUAUAAUUUACCCCAACUGUAUUUUGACAGUGUUUUGUUUUGAAUUUUAAGUGGUUAUCAAUGUUUUUAGAAUACUAGUAACCUAUUAAUAAAUAUAUUAAUUAUCAAUAAUUAUUGAUAUUGAUAACGUGUAUGUUUCGUAUCGAAUGCUUGUAAUGUUUUGAAAGUGCUUGCAAUAGUGAAAAUUGGAAUAUUGAAUAUGUGUGUGAAGAAUGUUUUAAUUAUAUGCUAAUAUUUUAAUAAUAUUAAGGAAUUCGUAAGUCUUGACUCUAUAUCGAUUUGAUGUUAUAAUUUGUUUAUAUAACUAUGAAUUUGUUAAUAAAAUAUUUA